CGGGCUCCGCGCGCGCGGGCCAUGUCCGCCUUCUGCCUGGGCUUGGCCGGCCGCGCUUCAGCACCCGCCGAGCCGGACAGCGCCUGCUGCAUGGAGCUGCCCGCCGCGGUCGCGGACGCAGUCGGGAGUCCAGCCGCCACUGCCCUCGUCUCCUUCCCCGGGGGCCCCGGGGAGCUGGAACUGGCGUUAGAGGAGGAGCUGGCGCUGCUGGCGGCCGGGGAACGGCCGUCCGACCUCGGGGAGCAUUCUCAGGCCGAGGUCGGGCCUCCGGCCGAGGGGUCCGGACUGCAGCCGCCACCCGCCCAGGAUCCCGAGCUGCUGUCGGUGAUCCGGCAAAAGGAGAAGGAUCUGGUGUUGGCGGCCCGGCUAGGCAAGGCGCUGCUCGAGAGGAACCAGGACAUGAGCCGGCAGUACGAGCAGAUGCACAAGGAGCUGACAGACAAGCUGGAGCACUUAGAACAAGAGAAACACGAACUAAGAAGACGAUUUGAGAACCGAGAAGGGGAAUGGGAAGGGCGCGUGUCAGAGCUGGAGAGUGAUGUGAAACAACUUCAGGAUGAGUUGGAGAGGCAGCAGGUUCAUCUGCGGGAAGCAGAUCGAGAAAAAACACGGGCUGUCCAGGAAUUAUCAGAACAGAACCAGAGGUUAUUGGAUCAACUCAGCAGAACGUAAAAUUAACAUUAUGAACUAUGAAUGAGAAACCUGCCAUACUGUGUCCAGCUCAUGUUCCACACCAGCAUGCUGCCUCUUCAGCCAUGGGUUAGCCAUGGAAUGUAAUCAUUAUCUUUUUACAUUGCCUUCAAAGUUAGGGUCAUUUGGGGAUGAUAUUUGUCAAACUCAGUUUGUCUAAAUGAUAAAGCCUGUGAUCUAAAUUUUAUUGCCAUUUAAUAUCACACAUGGUUAUGUUUGUUUUUCUUCUAUUUUAGACAACAUGAAGGCAAGGGACUAUCUUUAACUGGUUUCUAUCCCCAACAAUGAUCAGUAUAGUGCCAUACACGUGGCCGCUAUGGAUAAAAGGCUUAUUGAUAUGUUCUAAAGACUAAAAGAGUAGGCAAUUAUUAAUUUGACUUUGGAUUUCUAGCAUGUUUUAAGUUAGUGAGAAUCCUUUCAUAUUAUAGUAUUAUAGUAUGAAUUAUGUUACUUAGCUGCUACUAGUCUGUUUGAUCUCACAGUUGAAGAAAUAACUAAGGCCUUAAGAGGAUGUGACUCAUCUAAGGUCA